GCUGACCUUAGCCGUCUUUUCUAACCUUACUGAUUCUGUGACCCUAAUCUGUGCGGUGAUUUUUGAGGAGAAAACGAGGGCCAUUGAUUCUAGUUGCAAGAACACUAGAUAAACCUGGCCUCCAUUUUCAGAAAUGCUGAUCAAAACUUAACUUUAACACUAAUUUGAGAGCAGAAAUCCAGCUGUUUUGAACAUGCAGCCUUGGGACCUCAGGUGGGUCACUAACAAGGUAACUGAAUUUUUGUGAUCAAACAAAAGUGAACCUCCCGAGACCACAUUUUUACUCAGCAAAUGUGUAAUUGCCUUCUUCUUCCUUCCUUCCAAGUGAAAUUAAAGAAGAAAGAGUGCUCCAGGAGCAUCCCAAAUGCACUCUGGCCACCAGGCCCUAGGGCAGACUGAGGCUGCUGAGCACCAGCCCCUGAGGGACAUGUGCUGUUUAGCAUUUACUUUUGGAACAACCUCACACUAAAUUCCAGGGGCUGGGUUUCUGAAACAGGAAUGCAGACGACACACUAAGAAACCCCAUUCGUUAUGCUACCAGAGUGAAGCCCCAGACCCGCGGGUAGCACGCACUUGUAGACGCCGAGCUACAGCAGCGCGCGCACCCCGCCGCGUGUUGUUGCAGCUGCAAACGCGCACGCGCGCUCCCCUUGCGCGCGCCGCUCCCGAGCGGUUCGGUCGCCAUGGCAACGGGAGGAGCCGCGCCCGCCUCCAGCCCGCGCUCGCCGCUUGCCGCCGCUGGGCCGGGCCGGCUGAGAAUGUCGUGGGAUCCGUCCGAAGGGGUCAUAAGGCACAUCAUCCGCCAGGCGGGGCAGCAGUGUGCCGCCCACGGGCACCCCGUCUCCGAAACAGCGGUGGCUUUCAUGGUGAAAGCUGUUGUUCUAGAUCCAAGAAAUGACUUUGAUGUGGAUCAAAUCCUUACAAAAAAGGAUGUGCAAAAUCUUAUCCAGCUCUGUGUUUCAAGGCUGAUUGACACAACAAACCCAUCCCUGAGCACAAUGAAGAUGCAAGUUUACUUUGAUUUGAACUAUGCAAACAGAGCUGAAUUACUCAGAGAGCAUCGCCAUGUUCUGGAGGGCAGGUUGGCUCCUCUGCUCAGGGACAUCACAGAUAGUCGUCCCCACAUGCAAGAGGAAAUGAAGAAUGUGUAUCAAAGGAUUGUUAACUAUGUGCUGCUGAGCUCUGGCCUGGGAUCCCCAACAGACAUUGAGGUUGUCAGGGAGGUGACAGCUGCAUUGCAGAGUGUGUUCCCCCAGACAGCUCUGGUUCCCUUCCUAUCACUCAGUAAGAAGGAUAAAGAGCAAGAGCUAAAAAAUCUUACCAUGCUAGUCACAGGAAUUCGGUUGUACAACAAGGAAUGUGGGAAAGGAGGAAAAGGCAUCGAUGACUUGCCAGCCAUUCUGAAAGAAGCCAUCCCAGCAGCCACACAAUCUAUUGAAGACCAUCUUAAUGCUUGCCAUGUGCUAGCCCACCGUUACACUGCUCUGUUGGAAUCCAUGCAUGAGGACCAGAACAGAUACAGGCAGCUUAGUUCUUUAAAACUGAAAGAAGCACUGUUCAAUGUGAGGCAGUAUGAGGCCUUCCUUUGCAUCCUUCUGUCUGACACAAUUACAAGUGGUCAAGAAAUUGAAAAGUUGAAUGUGGAGUUUGCAGCAACAAUGGAGCAGUUUAAAAGCACCAUUCAGAAUAAGGUCUCCGUAGAUACCAAAGAAGCUUUUCCUCUUUUUGUUGCAGCUUUCAACCUAUGGUCCAGGUUUCAGGAUGAGAUACUUCUGCUAAGCUUCCUCACAAAUAUGACUAACUCUCUGCAGCAGUUCUUGGAAACCCAGUCACAGCUUUUUCCUGAGGAACUGCUAACAUCUCUUCUGGAAGGGGUGACUGUGAAAACAGAUGAGGAGAGGAUAAGAGAAACCACGGGGACAAGAGUGAAUGUUUCUGAUUUCAAGAACCAGGAAUGGCUUUUUCCAGAGACUACCUCUAAUUUUGAUGAAUUGUUCAUCCAGUACCACGGCUUCUGUGCACACGCAAUUGGUGUAAAAGGCCUCACCCUUCCAGGAAAUCCUGCUAUUGGCGUUCUGAAGCACAAGGACAGAUGUUAUGUUUUCAGUUCCAAAGAAUCUGCAUACAUUUUUGCUCAAGAUCCAGAUAAGUUCAUUCAGCUGAAUGUAGAAAAAGCAAAAGAACACGCAGAGCUAAUUCAGCUGCUCAACCUUCACCAUCAGUUUGGAUACCUUGCUCCUCGUAUGCGGUUAAGAAGCUCAGACAAACUUCCAAUGAAACCAGUCACAAAAAGUGACAGUGGUACUCAAACUGAUACUCAUAUCUUGCCUCCAACUAUUGUGAAAUCCUAUGAAUGGAACGAGUGGGAACUGAGAAGAAAAGCUGUAAAAUUGGCCAAUUUGCGUCGCAAAUUAACUCAUGCCAUGCAGACUGAUCUCAGCCAUCUGAGAAGGGAGAACUCCACCCAGGUGUACCUGCCCAAAGAUGUCAGCACCCAAACAAAGAGUGACAACUCAAGCAGUGUACCCAGACCACAGAUUUUUUUGGCAGGUCUCCGAGGAGGAUCGUCUGCUACUACUGAAGUGGUCAAAGUGGAUUUAACAAGACCAGUAGAUAAAGCCUAAGAGAAAAUGAGAGACUUAAGGAAAUGUAUUAAUUUUAUUCAAAAAUCUCAGCAUAUACCUGAAUUGAAUUACAGAAGAAUCAUAGAAUCAUAGAGUGGUUUGGGUUGGAAGGGACCUUUAAGAUUAUCAAUUUCCAGCUCUCUGCUAUAGGCAGGGACACCUCCCUCUAGACCAGGCUGCUCACAGCCCCAUCCAGCCUGGCCUUGGAUGUCCUGUGUCUUUUGAUUGCAGGAGCUGACUUAUCUGCUGGGGCCUCCUAGUAGGAUGGCAUUAAGUGAUAGAAAUGAAUCCUGAAACACACAGGAAAAAAAAAAAAAGCAAUUUUGAAUCAAAAUGUGCCAGAAAACUUUAACUUAAACCCACAUUUAAAUGUGUUAUGUGGUUCUGGGAUUUUCUUGACAUUUUAAUACAAUGAUUACUUGCUGAAACGCUGUCCUUAAGAGCAACAGCUUUGAUUUUAGACAGAUAGGAGAUACAGAGCCAAUGCUGCAGCUCCUACAGAGGCACAGCGCUCGUUGGUGUUAGCUAAAACUGAUGCCAUGAGAGUCAUCCAGAUAUCACAGCUCUGCCUGGAGAGCAUCGUCGUAGAGGUAAAACCAGCAGGAUGGGAUCUCCCCAUGUCCCUGGGCUGUUGAUGAAUGGCCUUCCGUGGCAUAGGCCUCAUGAGUGUAGGUCUAUGCAAGGAGCUGGAGCUCUGUGGGAUGCUCUGAGGUCUCUGGUGAUUCUGUGGGCUGACAUCAGGUGUGAGGUGUGCAGGUGGGCACACAGGACACAAAAGCAACUUGGGGCAUCUUUUUUUAAAAAGCUCUGCUUUCCUGUGUUUAAAAAGAAACUAAAACCCAACAGGAAAAGGUUUUUAGCUGUACUUCAUUGCCUCAUGUUGUACUUUGUGUCACUGGAUGCCCGCCUGUUUCCAUUUGUUAUUCGCUUUGAAUAUUUU